AUGAGCGCCCAGGGGACAAGUCCCCACGGACAAACAUGUCAUAACGAUUUCAGUUUUGUCCCAUUACGUGAGGUUGUAAGUUUCUUCAUCAUUACCCCCUCCCAACAAGCACAAAAUCGUCCCCAGCCCCUGGAGCGUCUUGCGGGGCUCCCAGGUCAGCAACAGCACUCGGAGCUCCGAGCUCCAGGGAAAGCGCGCAGGGAAUGGCUCCUAGGACUGGUUCCUGGGAAAGCGCCAGCGUCCAGGGAGAGAUUUCCUUCUCCAAGGGCCGGCAGGGUGGCAUUCCAAGCGCGAGCAAGGUGGUCACGCACGCGCUCCCAUUCAAAGCAGACCCGCUCCGCGGCCGCACUGAAGCUCCAAAGCCGCGCCGCCUGCCCCAGCGCAGCUCUGUCUCGUGGGGCGCACGCCCGAGCCCGCCUGCCGGCCGCCGCCGCGGAGCCACCGCAGUCAGCGCAGGAGGCGGCCACCUCUUCGAGGGAGGGGUCUCGCCCGAGACUCCCCUUGGUCCCCGCCAUGGGGACCAUGGCACGACUGGAGGCGCCCCAGUGCCCCGGGUUCCUGGCCCGCCUCCUCGGUGGCACCUGGUGCCUGCUCUAUAUCGCCGGAGAGGUAUGCGGAGACCAAAGCCAAGGGGCUGUUUUCCUGCGGGAAUUUACACUGAUUCGAAGAGAGAGCCUCCAUGAAGAUUUCCUGUCUGACCUCUUGAAUAGUCACAAAACUGAAGACUCGUGCCGUCUAAAAGAGGGAGAGAUUAUUUCAUCAUCCAACAGAUAAUUCCGAAAUGUAACAAAUGCUGACAGAAGUGACAAGCAUUUCAUUUUCUUUGAAUGGAUUCCAAAGUUCAUUCCACUUGCUGCAUAUAUUUCUUGUUCGCCAGAUAACUGCUCCAAAGAGUGUAAAGUCUGAUAGCAAUUGUGGUGUAAAAUUGUUAUGCACACUAAAUACUUUACCUAUGACCUCUGCCUCGUGUACCAAAGGAGGGAUAAGGAGCUGAACUUCUCAUGCCUGGAGGAGGAAACUAACUUAAACAAGUUCCAGACUGGUGGCCACAGUGAAGGAAAUAUCAAUUUUUCUCAAGUUUGUCUAGGAUUUUUCAAGUAUUUCCUACACAAAACUUUUACAAGAAUUUUUUUUAAUCACCAGUAUCAAAAUUUUCCAUAGGCAGUCAAAUACCUAAGAGGAUAUGAUAAGAGGAUAGGAUUUUUGCUUUUUGGAGUGAGUAAAGAAGGGAAACUUCCGCUUUUAUUUUGCCUGUUGUCAUUGGAAUUUCACCAUAGCCAAGUGCCUUGUCCUGGCCUACUGCCAUGAGUAGGCAUUCUUUAGUAACUGAACAUUAGCCAGAGAUUCACUCAAUCCACUGAAUAACAAACUCGUCUCAUGUAGAAAUGACAGAGAGUUGAUCAGUAUUUUCACAACGCAUCUAUAGAAGAAAAAAAUAUGAGGCAGCAAUAUUAUUUCUUGAAAGUAGUGACCUCUGGCUUGAGAUUUCAUCCAUAUAUCUAAAAAUCACAUAUUAAAUACCUGGACUAUUCAGAACAUGGCCAAACGCAGAAAGUAAUUAAAAUGGCAGUCAUAAAAAUCACUGUAACUAACUCACGAAAGGCCCUUUGGUCUCCUGUUUUGGGUCUAUUGUUCUAACUUUGCAUUUCAUACUAAGCAGGUUGAUUAACUGACACAGGUUGAAUCUCCCUUCUCUGAAAUGAUUGGCACCAGAAGUCUUUUGUAUUUUAGGGCAUUUUGGAUGUCAGAUUUUCAGAUUAGGGGUAUUUAAUCUCUAUGGCUCAAAGAUUUUAAAGUAGCCCCUAUGAUCCUCACCUCCUGGUCUUUAUAGCCUGGUGUUCAUAAUCCUUUCCCUUGAGUGUGGGCAGGAUCUGUGAUUGCUUCUAACCAAUAGAAUAUGGCAAAGACGACAGGAUAUUAUUCCUCUGAUGAUGUUGUGUAAGACACCCUCAUACUAGAAGAUUUGCUUGAGAGUCUUGCUCUCCUUCCUACUGACUUUGAAGAAGCCAGCUACCAUGAGUUCUACAGACACAGGCCAUGAAUUCUUCCAACAACCUGUAAACUAAGAAGUAAACACUUCCCCUGAUGAGUCACCAGAGGAGAACCCAGCCCUUUCUGACACUUCUAUUUCAGCCUUGCAAAGCACCUGGCCAAGCUAUGCACACACUCCUGACCCACAGAAACUGUGAAUUUAUAAAUGUGUAUUAUUAUUAGCCACUCAGUUUGUGGUAAUUUGUUAUGCAGCAUGGAAAACUAACACAACUGGUUUCUUAAACUAUGAAACAAAGACAUUGCUACUUGAAUCAGGUAGGUAUUGAUAGCAACAAGAGAAGAGACAGCUGACAAGGAGACAAAAUUUUCGAGAAAUUAUUAAAAAAACACUAGCUGUCUAAAUCAAUUUGGUAUAGAAAUGAGUAGCCUUAUACAUCAGUAUAAUCUUUGAAAGCAUAAUUGAGUAACAAAUGUGUGCAUAAUUAUGACUCCAAGUUUACAAGCAUUGGUUAUGUCAUGUAAAAUACAUGCUGUACAAGAAGGUAGAGAUCUAUGUAAUACAAUUGGGAAAAAAAGUUUCACAAUUAUUGAUGUGGCGUUGGAUGUGUUUGACCAUGGAACAUGGAAUAGUUUGAGAAUUUAAAAUUUAUUCUAGGAUUAAAUGAAGGCAUCAUAAAAUAAGUAUUUAUGGUCAAAGAAUUACAUAUCCCUUUCUCACAGUGUGAUAUGUCAAAAUCCUUAUAGAAUAAUAAGUAAAUAUUUUAAGUUAUGAUAAAAGCUUGAGCUGAGAAUUCAAGUACCACUUAUUUCUGUGCAGCCUGGACAACUUGGCCUCUGCUUCCAAGGAGAAAAUAUUCCUGGAAUUGUAAACAAUACAGAAUGGCUAAUGAUGGUUGUGGACCAUAGGCUGGUUUUUCCUUAGACUGUAAGGUAUCAGAGGAAGAGAUCUUCUUGGUCUGUGAAACAGCUAGUAAGGAAACAACUACUAUUGAGUUCUUAUUUUAAAAAAAGCACAAAACUUGAAGCAUGUUUCUAUAACCUUCCUAUAAACUUGCUUGAGGUUUGCUUUUUUUGGUCUUCUCUGCAUCUCUUGACAUUUGAAGUAGGAUGAUAUCAUGUGAGUAAAUGCUGGCAAUGUCCUUGAUCAGGAAUUUGAAGCUUUGUUGCCUAGCCUCUACCCAAAUACAUCCUAGUCAUGUCAGCUGCCUGAGACUUCAUUUUGCCGACUGUAGAAUGGGUAUGUAAUGCCCCACCAUAAAAGCAGACUUUGCAUUUCAGUCCCUUUGACAGAACUGCUUAAAAAAUUAUUGCAAUAUAUUUUGUGAUUGGUUCUGAUUUAAAAUAAAAGUUGUCUAACAUGUUUAAUGAGAUCUGUAGGAUGAAAAGUUUGAGCGGGAUCUCUUUCUGUAAUUUGGAAUUGCAUUUCACAUUUUAUAAAACACUUUUCCUUGCAUCCAGUCACUUGAUCUUCUUGGUCAUUGGUCAUGCUGGGAAAUUAUUAUUAUCAUAUUGUGCCAGCAGUGCCUUCUUAUCACUGUACAACACACACACACACAUGCACAAACACACACAAACAUGAACAUAUAUAUUAUUGACGAUAAGGAUGGGUUUGUCCAGUACCCCAUAACUGGUAAAUGGUGGAACCAGGACCCAGACCCAAGACUUUCAACUCUAAAUCCCAUGUCUAACUCUGGAAUACUUCAGUGGAAAGAUAGCACUAGUGGAAGUGGUCAUCUCUUGAGAGCAAAAUUGUUUCUGGGUCACCAUGCUGCAUUUUCAUCAGCAACUGUCAUGUGAUGUUCCCAGUAAGUAACUCACAUUUGGAGUGAUGCAGCCCCUCAGUCAUGGGCCUAACUAACUUCUCUCUGUUGAUGCAGAGUUCUAGGCACACAGGGAAGCCCUUGUCAUUAUCUUCUUUCUAGUAACUAGUCUCCAUGGAGUACAGUCCUUAUAGAUGAUGGUGAAAACACGAUGUUUAUCAUUGUUCCUGGAGCCCUGAAGCUAAAUAACUCCUAUUUAAGGUAUUGUUACUCUGAAAAACUGCAUCAGAUUUUAAAUGAAUUUCAAAGGUGUAAACCUGACCUGUCCAUAGGUUCACAAUGGGACUAUUCAGUCUUUAAAUGAUUUAUUUAAAGAUCUAAAGGGCUUAAAUACCCAAAUAUAGUAAGAUCUUGAUAAGAUUGCACAGUAAUGUGUAUAAUGUGGUCCCUGUUUUGG